UCCUGCCAGCAAUCUAUCAAGAUGUUACAGCUCCUCCCACUCACCCUACAGCCGCACUUUCUCCUUUUUAUCUCUGUGCCCAAUUUUGGAGCCAGCCCUCCCUUGGAUGCCCCGGCCAAUCAAGAGACCACACAUUGUUGCCUAAGAGACCCGGGAUGCCAGGGACAGGAUUUAUAGAUAGUGAUUGGACGGACUGCUGGAAGCGGUGAGGUGGGGGCUGGAAGGAGUCACAGAAAGCUGUCCUAGUGCAACGAUGGCAACCCCAGAGCCAGAGGCUUGAAGGAGGAGGCCAGCUACUGAGGUGUAAUCUUUCUGAUGGAAGAAUACCAGGUCAUUUCAUGAUGGCAUUUGCACCUCCAAAAAGCACUGAUGGCCCCAAAAUGCAGACAAAGAUGAGCACCUGGACACCCCUAAACCAUCAGCUGCUGAAUGACCAGGUGUUUGAAGAACGAAGAGCUCUGCUUGGAAAAUGGUUCGACAAAUGGACAGACUCUCAAAGGAGAAGAAUUCUUACUGGCCUGCUGGAGCGCUGCUCCCUGUCUCAGCAGAAGUUCUGUUGUCGAAAGCUGCAGGAGAAAAUCCCCGCAGAGGCCCUGGAUUUUACUACCAAGCUCCCCAGGGUGUUAUCUGUCUAUAUCUUUUCCUUCUUGGACCCCCGGAGCCUUUGUCGCUGUGCACAGGUGAGCUGGUACUGGAAGAGCUUGGCCGAGUUGGACCAGCUGUGGAUGCUCAAGUGUCUGCGCUUUAACUGGUACAUCAGCUUCUCCCCGACGCCAUUUGAGCAGGGCGUCUGGAAAAAGCACUACAUUCAAAUGGUGAGAGAACUUCACGUCAGCAAACCCAAGACGCCUCCAAAGGAUGGAUUCAUCAUUGCCGAUGUUCAGCCCGUUUCCGGCAGUUCUCUAGAGGAAAAGCCAUCGCCUUCGUUAGCUUUGCGGUCCUCCUCCGCCUUAAGAAAGAAGACUAACCCAGGGGAGAAAGAGCUUCCACCGUGGCGAUCAUCGGAUAAGCAUCCCACUGACAUCAUCCGCUUUAAUUAUCUAGACAACUGUGACCCUGAGCACUUCUGGAAAGGAAGAAGAAAAAGAAACGAAGUGACCCCAGACUUCAAGCGGCAGUUGCGAGAUAAGAAAAACAGGCUUGAGGAGAAAGCCAGGCUCAGGAAAGCACAGUCACUGAUGUCAAGGAGAGAUCUGUGGUCACUAUGUCCCUGAGUUCCCAUCCAACAGUUCCAGUUCGUCUCGCCUGGCCUCUUCAUCUGCCAGCGGGACCCUCAGAUCCUGAAGCAGCAGCUACGAUUCUCAUGGAGCACUUUCCAAAACACCCUGGGCUUCAGUCAUCCCCCUCAGAGGCGCCAGAGUUGAAGCCGACUUAAGGAUGGAACAGGACUUUUCUAGAAACGACAAGGUAUUCUUCACAGAUGAGAGUUGGAUUCCAGCUAGUCCUCCAUUAAACUCUUUUGGUUUAAGUA